CCACUUCUUUCGUUACCAUCUCAGACGCCGUGAGCCAAGGGCACGAAGAUGAUGUUGAAGCCUUUAUUGGGAUUUUCACAAGUGCAACGGGGUAAGCUAUGUGUAUAACCUUCGCUAUGAGAAACAGCGGGGUCGCUGAUCUGGUCCAACUGCCACUUCGGUAACGCCGACUAAGAUCGUCAAGUUGAAUCUCAUACUUGGGCACUUCGAUAUAAUGCACGCAAGUCCUACCUCUGACCAUCUGCAUCGGUCGUCAAGAAGUGCGUGUACGUCCAUAUGCAUUACACACCUCCUAAGCAUGUCAGCCGUACGUCCCAUCAGUAUGCUGAAUCCAAUAACAGCCUACAGGGCGAGAUAUCCGUAUAUUCUCCCUACACCCAGCUCAUGCCGACCUCAACAAGAGUACCAAUGCCCAUUCCACGGAAACUGGUGCACGGUCACAUCACAAGCGUUCUCAUGCUACUCUUUAAUGAAUUCAUUCCAUGGCGAAGCUCCCAACCAUGUCGACUGCCACGCCUGCUUCGAACCCGGCGCCGAAAUUCCCAACCAUACUACCCAGCGGGCACACACCCUGAAGAUGAGUCGUAUGGUUCAUCGCCCAGGCCGAAAGAUCACACAAAAGCCCGACCGAGGACCUGAACCAGCAACUCCAAACAGCCCAAGAUCGCCGCGCUUCCGUCGCCUGGAGACGGGGUCAACUGGCUAGACUGUGCGAUCUGCCCCACGCCACCGGUGCAUGUCCAGCACGGCCAGGUCUCCAUGCCCAACCGUUGGACGACCGCGCUGAUGUGGACCAGGAA